AUGGGUAAAAAGAUAGUGUUUAACAUAUCGAGCGACUUCCAAUUGAAGUCGCUACUCGGAGAAGGUGCAUACGGAGUGGUAUGUUCUGCAACUCAUAAACCCACCGGUGAAAUUGUUGCCAUUAAGAAAAUUGAACCAUUUGAUAAACCAUUAUUUGCCUUAAGAACACUUCGUGAAAUAAAAAUCUUGAAACAUUUUCAGCAUGAGAAUAUUAUAUCGAUUUUUGACAUUCAAAAACCGGAUUCCUUUGAGAAUUUCAAUGAAGUUUAUAUCAUUCAAGAGUUAAUGCAAACGGAUUUGCACCGUGUUAUCUCUACACAAGAAUUGAGUGACGAUCAUAUACAGUAUUUCAUCUAUCAAACAUUGAGAGCUGUCAAAAUUUUACAUGGUUCUAACGUAAUUCAUAGAGACUUGAAGCCCUCUAAUUUACUGAUAAACUCCAAUUGUGAUUUGAAAGUUUGUGAUUUCGGAUUAGCUAGAAUUAUUGAUGAACAUAACAAUAGUGACGCAUAUUCAAAACAGAAUGGUAUGACUGAAUACGUUGCGACAAGAUGGUAUAGAGCACCAGAAGUCAUGCUAACGGCGGCCAAAUACUCAAAAGCCAUGGAUGUAUGGUCAUGCGGUUGCAUUUUGGCAGAAUUAUUUCUUAAGAGACCAUUGUUCCCAGGUAAAGAUUAUAGGCAUCAAUUAAUGCUCAUAUUCGGAUUAAUCGGUACGCCAACAGGCGAAGACUUACAAUGCAUUGAGAGUAAAAGAGCAAGAGAAUAUAUAAUGACCGUACCAAGAUAUGAUCCUGUGCCGUGGGAGAAAGUUUUUGCACAUGUCAAUCCAUUAGGCGUUGAUCUUUUGAAAAAAAUGCUAGUAUUUGAUCCUAGUAAAAGAAUCACAGCAGCGGAGGCAUUGAGACAUCCAUAUUUGAAGACAUACCACGAUCCAAAUGAUGAACCAGAAGGUGCACCAAUUUCGCCUACUUUCUUCGAGUUCGAUCAUUUCAAAGAUGUUCUUACUACAAAGGACUUGAAAAAGUUGCUGUGGAACGAAAUAUUCUGCUAA